AACCAUAAAGUUUCAGAAUGCCCAGCUCCUGGUUUCAGAUUUAGCAGCUUUGGCUGAUGAUUAACGAGAGGUUUCAGAGAUUACACCCUGAAAAAAUCCAAUCCACAAACUGUUAUUACCGAUGUAAUUACUCAACAAGUACAGAAACAGCUAUAGCGUUUCUGACGACCUAAAGCAGUAGGACACGAUGGUCGAUGGAAUAAAGGCUCAGCUCAGCGAAAGACUCAAGAAGCUUCGCUGCAAAAAAACUCUCCUCUCAUUUCAGAGGAAUAAAUCCUCGUUGAUCGAUUGCUUGCCUUCUAUGCGAUCUUGUUCGUUGCUUGCGGCUUUAAUUCAUCCAUCAAUCGAUUGAUCUCUGAACUUUCUGAGAAGCAGAGAGGAGGUAGCUUGACAGCAGCUGCUUCUCGCAUGUACAAGAAGAAGAAGCUGAGGUUCUUAGCCACCGUCGUCAUCGCUGCUGCAUCACAUGGGCGGCGUGAUCGGAGCGUUAUUCCGCGGUGGUGGUCACCGUCGUGAGAUGCACAGAGCGCCGAUGAACCAGCCGGGAUACGGCGGCGGCGGCGAGAACCACCGGAGGGCGAUGCUGACCAAGAAGUACUCGUACAUACCUGACAACUACCAGUCUCUCGAUCAGGUGACAGCGGCUCUGCGAGAUCAAGGGCUCGAGUCGUCGAACCUGAUACUUGGCAUAGACUUCACCAAGAGCAACGAAUGGACAGGGAAGCGUUCGUUCAGUGGGCAGAGCCUGCACAAGAUAGGCAGCACACCAAAUCCAUAUGAGCAAGCCAUCAGCAUCAUCGGCAAGACAUUGGCACCUUUCGACGAUGAUAAUCUCAUCCCAUGCUUUGGCUUCGGCGACGCAACCACACAUGACUACAAUGUGUUCAGCUUCCAUCCUGACAACUCACCCUGCCAUGGAUUCGAGGAGGUCCUAUCAUGCUACAAGAAGAUUGUGCCACACCUCAGGCUAUCUGGGCCUACCUCUUUCGCGCCGAUCGUCGAGGCGGCCGUCGACAUUGUUGACAGGAGUGGAGGACAGUAUCAUGUUCUUGUCAUCGUUGCUGAUGGACAGGUGACUAGGAGUGUUGAUACAAGCGAUAAUGAUCUGAGCCCCCAGGAGAGGAGGACAGUGGACUCCGUUGUCAUGGCAAGCUCCUACCCUCUAUCCAUUGUUCUUGUUGGAGUUGGAGAUGGCCCAUGGGAAGACAUGCAGAAGUUCGACGACAAGAUCCCGGCUCGCCAGUUCGACAACUUUCAGUUUGUGAACUUCACGUCGAUCAUGUCGAGGAGCACGACGCAGCAGCAGAAAGAGUCGGCGUUCGCCUUGGCGGCUCUCAUGGAGGUGCCCAUCCAAUACAAGGCCACCAUGGAGCUCGGCAUCCUAGGCCGGUCGACGGGGAAGGCUAAGAGGAUCAUGCCUGCUCCGCCGCCGCUGCCGUCGGCGGCGGGGAGGCAGCCAUCGCUGAGGAGGGAAGACAGCGCCGCCGCCACCGCUGCCGCCGCCCCACCGUCACCAAGAGAGGAUCAAGUGUGCCCAAUCUGCCUGACCAAUGCCAAGGACUUGGCAUUUGGGUGUGGCCACAUGUGCUGCAGGGAAUGUGGGGAGAGCCUGACCAAAUGCCCAAUUUGUCGACAGACGAUUCGGUCCAAGCUGAGGCUGUACUCAGGAUGAUCAAAUGCUUAUGGACUGAUGGAAUGGAGCUUAAAUCUGUUCUUAAUGUACAGAAUGCAUGAACAUAUCGUUUGUGAGAAAUACUCAAAUCAAAUGCAUGCAUUGGAUUUGUGCUGCGAGAUAGGGGACCAAACGAAUGAUUAGAUUUGUUUUUGGUUUUGUUCAUGUUGAUUUGUAACAAAAGAAUCAAGAAUGUGGUGUGGGGUAAAGCUAGCUCCAUGUGCAUAAGUUUUCUUCUGUCUUAGCUCCUUGUAUAGUUACUGCGAAAUAGAACGAAUGACAUACAAUGAUACAACGGGGAAAUAAAUAAAUAAAUAACUUGAGGAGAGGAAAACCGUAAUUUUUUUUUCUUAUGUUGCUUGGGGAGAUUUGCCUCUGUGAUGAAAACAAUAGAUUUCUUUUUGUGUAUAUUUGUUUAUAUCAAAUUGUGAAUUUUGAGUUAUGUA